GAUGGUUUGAGGGACAAGAAUUCAGUGCCCAGGGGCAGAAAGGCAGUGGGAAGCGGGCACUGAAGGAUACGCGCCUGGAAGGUGGACCCUGAGACGCAAAGAGGACGUGGUCUCUCGCUCCAACUCUUGGUCACCAUGCUGCUGGCUGUGUUGCUGCUGCUGCUGCCCCUCCCAGACUCGUGGUCUGCCUAUGGACACCCACUGUACAUGCGCCUGCCCCCCAGCAUCCUGCAAGUUUUGUCCACCCAAGGGACACAGGCGUUGCAGGCAGCCCAGAGGAGCGCCCAGUGGGCUGUUAACCGAGUGGUGAUGGAGAUCCAGCACAGAGCGCACGAGUGCCAAGGACCUGGGCGAUCCAGGCCUCAAGCACCUCUCCUCCAGGACCCACCUGAGCCAGGGCCAUGUGGCGAGAGGCGCCCUAGCACUGCCAAUGUGACUCGCGCUCACGGCCGCAUAGUCGGGGGCAGCACGGCACCGCCGGGGGCCUGGCCCUGGCUGGUGAGGCUGCAGCUCGGCGGGCAACCUCUGUGCGGCGGCGUUCUGGUGGCAGCGUCCUGGGUGCUCACGGCAGCGCACUGCUUUGUGGGCGCCCCAAAUGAGCUUCUGUGGACUGUGACCCUAGCCGAGGGGCCCCGAGGAGAGCAAGCUGAAGAAGUGCCAGUGAACCGCAUCCUGCCCCAUCCCAAGUUUGACCCGAGAACCUUCCACAACGACCUGGCCCUGGUGCAGCUGUGGACGCCAGUGAGUCCGGCAGGACCGGCGCGCCCCGUGUGCCUACCCCAGGAGCCCCAGGAGCCCCCCGCCGGCACGGCCUGCGCCAUCGCGGGUUGGGGGGCCCUUUUUGAAGAUGGGCCUGAGGCUGAGGCAGUGAGGGAAGCCAGAGUGCCCCUGCUCAGUCGGGACACCUGCCAAAGGGCCCUGGGGCCUGCACUGCGCCCCAGCACAAUGCUCUGUGCUGGUUACCUGGCGGGAGGCAUUGACUCGUGCCAGGGUGACUCUGGAGGCCCCUUGACCUGUUCUGAGCCUGGCCCUCGCACCAAGGAGGUCCUGUUUGGAGUCACCUCCUGGGGGGAUGGCUGUGGGGAACCAGGGAAGCCAGGGGUCUACACUCGAGUGGCAGUGUUCAAGGACUGGCUCCAGGAACAGAUGGGCGUCUCCUCCAGUCGCGAGCCCAGCUGUAGGGAGCUUCUGGCCUGGGAUCCGCCCGAGGAGCUGCCAGCAGAAGCCGCUCAGCUCUGCGCCUUCUACGCGCGCCUGUGCCGUGGGUCCGAGGAUGCCUGUGCGCGCCUGGCGCACCAGCAGUGCCUGCAGCGCCGACGACGAUGUGAGCUGCGCUCGCUGGCGCACACGCUGCUGGGCCUGCUGCGGAACGCCCAGGAGCUGCUCGGCCCGCGCCCGGGGCUGCGGCGUCUGGCCCCUUCUCUGGCUCACCCCGCUCCUUCGCUCCGGGAGUCUCGAGGGCACCUCGCCCGCGAGCUGUGGCUGCACUCAGGACCGCGGGCUUCCGGCAUACGGUUCCAGAAGCCGAGGCCAGAGCAGCGUGGGGAAGCCAACGGCUGCCCUGGGCUGGAGCCUCUGAGACAGAAGUUGGCUGCCCUUCAGGGUGCCCAUGCCUGGAUCCUACAGGUUCCCUCAGAGCACCUGGCUAUGAACUUUCAUGAGGUCCUGGCAGAUCUGGGCUCCAAGACACUGACCGGGCUAUUCAGAGCCUGGGUGCGGGCAGGCUUGGGGGGCCGAUAUGUGGUCUUCAGUGGCCUGGUGGGCCUGGAGCCGGCCACACUGGCUCGCAGCCUCCCUCGGCUGCUGGUACAAGCCCUACAGUCCUUCCGCUUGGCCUCCCUGGCAGAAGGAGAAACUGAGGGACCCCAGAUAGCUGUAGGGCAGGGGUUGGGGAGGAAGGGGCACCAUCCCCUGAGCCCUCGGAUCCCCCCAGCCAAGCAACCAUGAGCCCCUGGGCCCUGGUGAGGACUUCCCGCUCCCACAGGCUGCGAGGGGUUAAGAAAACACAAUGACAUACUGUCACUGCCACAGUGGGCUGGGUGUGUAUGGGUGGGUGGGGUGUCCUGGGCCCAUUUGUCUUCCCAGGUCUGCAAUCAGAUAAUCACAGCUGCUUUAAUAAAUGUUAUUUAUAAUCCAUGGAAA